AGGGACAGUUUUUAUUGUAUUUAUUCGUGUUAAUAGUUUACCGCUAAUUUAUCUGUCAAAAUAAAUAAACGUAAAUGCUUAUGCUUUUAAAUACACCAGUUUUUAUCAUGGAUCAGAUUGAUACAACCUGGAUUAGUCCUAGCAUGUGACUAUAAUUACAAUUUCUCUAUAGCAAUUGGUUAUUUCGAGAAAUAUAAACGAUCUUUAACACGUCACAGAACAAUUGCUUUAAUGGUUAAUUCUGACAAUCAUAUUGCUGCUCUAUCUUUGUAUUCAUGGACUUAAUAGAAAAGCUUAUACAUGUAAAAGGAUGUUCUUUGAUAAAACAAUGUGAUCGCACAUCUGUCAUGUUAAAUUCUUUUUUGAAAUGUAAAAUUUGUUUUCAUUUGUGAUAUUUUAAGAGAGCAUUUCGAAAAUGGGAAAUAAAACACCCGGAAAAACGAAAGUCGGAAAGGAAAACUUGAAUAUGUAUUUAACACCAAGACAGCGUUUACUAGUGCAAGCGAAUCUUGACGAUUUAAAGGAUGAUUUGUCUGAUCUAGGAUUGGUAGUUUUUGUGAGGUUUUUCGAAGUUCAACCGAAGUUGAAAGUACUGUUUCCAAAGAUUGUCCGGAUAAAUGACCAAAAUGAACUGGAACUUGGGACAGAUAUAGAAAUGUUAAGAAAACAUGCUUCAAUUGUAAUGCACAGUUUAGCUGCAGCUAUUGAAAGUCUAGACGAAUCAGAGGCCUUGAAUUCCGUCCUUCUAGAAGUGGGACGUCAGCAUGUUAAGCGUAAUGUUAAAUCCAAAAUUAUAUUGCGUCUAUGGCCUGCUCUCAGUUAUGGGCUUGAGUCAUAUUUGAAGGAAAAGUACACGAAAGAAUCGUCGACGGCUUGGAAAAAAGUGUUUUUCUAUAUAGUGAAGCAAAUGAAACUUGGGAUGAUGGCAUCAGAUAGUGAAGAAGAGGCUACAUCAUCGUACUGAAAUGUCCUUGAAACAUAUUUGAACAAAUCUUAUAGUGCUACUACAUCAUCGUACUGACAUGUCAUUGAAACAUAAUUGAACAAAUCUUAUAGUGCUACUACAUCAUCGUAAUGAAUUAUUCCUGAAAUAUAAUGGAAAACAAAUUUAUAGUGCGAACACAUAUGCACAAAAGUUAUAUAUAUGUUCAUAUCAAUACGCAAGCAAACUUCAAAUCCAUUUGAUUUUUUUUGUCAUGACUUCUUAUUUUUUCUUCUUUUUUGUCGCCAUUGUUGUAAACAACAAUAUACGAUUGAACCCACUUCCUAUUCGGAACAAUAAAAAAUAAUAUAGA